GAAGCGUUCAGCCCCAAAACCCUAAUCUCCCCCAAGAAAUGUCGAAGGGCUCCAAGCUGCUGCAGUUCAUCAACUGCCGCAUGCGCGUCGCGAUCCAAGAUGGCCGCCAGCUCGUCGGAAGUUCAUGGCCUUCGACCCGCCCACGCGGGCCCAGGCCCGGAAUGCCGGCCCCGCCGCCGGGUGGGCAGGUGCCGGUGUUUGCACCGCCUAGGCCUGGGAUGCCGCCUCCGCCGCCACAGCAGGGGCAGAACCAGCAGCAGCAACCUUAGGGCAUUCUUCUGUUUGGCGACGGUGCGGCGGAUGGGCUUUGGAGUUGAUUGCAAGCAAUGAGGGAUAUUCUAGCCUGUUUCUGAUACCGUGGACUGUGGACUGUUGGAUGUUGCAAGGAACAUUAGUCCAUUUCUUGAGAUGAAGUACAGUUAACUAGUUUCGACCUGCCGUUGUUCUUUAGUGUUCUGACUUGCGAACGGUCUUAGUACUAUAUUUCGUGUUAAAAGUGUUCAUUUAGUUCAUCACAGAUCUUUACUUUUUUUUUGAGAAAACUCACAGAUCUUUACUUAAAUGUGAAUCAAAUGCUAUGUGCUGCGGGGGAGCAUUUAUUUA